GUUAGUUACCGCUACGACCGCUGUGCGUUCCCAAGUCGAUCAUAUGGUGAACGUUUCCGUGCUGUUGUAAGGGCCGUUCUGAUUCUUUAUGUCACGGCAAUUUUCUCCAAGUAGCGGAAAACGACGAUGAAAGUGCGCGAUCCAAUCGACGAGCACUCGCAAAGCCCUAGCGCCGAACCGUGCGUGCACCAACGCGGCCUUCGGGGCCGCCGCCGACCACUGCGAUGAGUCAUCGCACCCCCCUACUCGACACAACCUCCCCGAGGAAGCUAGACUGCUCGCGUUGACGACUGUCCCAAAACAACGAGCAUCCCACUGCACGAUUGCACAAACGGUGAAAAAAGAAAAGAAGCGUCGAAAAGGUGGGACUCCACCAUGUCGGAGGACGCAAUCGUGGCCGUUGCCGUCGGUCAUGCAGUGGUCGCGAGUUCCAGCCGCCGUUGGACGUCGGACAAGGUCGCGAGGCGAUGAGGACGCGAUAGUGGACGCCUGACACCAGAGUGACGGUGUUUUAGGGGACGCGGAAGUACCCCACCACCCGUUCGCGAUGAGUUUUGUGGACUACGAGGCCCGCGUGGAAGACCACCAGUGUCUGUUGGUCCUCGUCAGGACGCUCGGGCCGGACACAAGCGGCCGGGUGUUUGGGCGUGCGUGGGAGCGCAUCUCGCGGCUGUGCCACACCCGGCUCAACGACCAGCAGCAGGGGAGCCGCACGGUCUGGCUGCGCUACGUCCGCUCAUACCCGGUGGAGGCCAGCGACUGGGGCGACUUCCAGGCUCACCGUAGGGUGCUCGGCCUGCUCACCAUCGGCCAGUGCAAGGACCAGGCGGGCUUGGAGGAGGUGUGCCGUCUGCACUCUGCCCUGCAGGAGCAGUACAAGACGGCCAUCGACUCUCGCUGCCUCGUGUUCGGCCUCGACUCGCUCGCAGACGGCACGGAGGAACCUCCCCCAAGUAACUCUGCGGAGGAAAGCUGUCCAGCAGACGAAGCAAGCCCCACAUCACCCAACGAGGAGACAGACCCGCUUGGUGUCGGACGCUGGUCCAAGGGCAGCCAGGAAGCCAAAGCAGCCGAGAUGAACGGCUGUGACGGCCAGCCCGGGGAGGCUCUGACCAAUCACAGAGAGGUUCGCGACAUGGUCGCAUCUGGCAGCAGCGGGUGUGACGAUGCGACGCCCUUGGCCAACGGCAGCAGCUCUCCGCCUCGACUUAACCGUGUCCAGAGGACCCCCUUCACGGGAAAGCUGCGGAGCACCCAGUGCAUUGUGUACCCCGACCUGGAGGGAGACAAGCUGGAGCGGGACAUCCAGGAGUUUGCGGCCUCCCUGGUCUGGGUGCUCGAGUCGAGGAGGCUGGACCGCUCCUUCGAGAAGCUGGAGCGCUUCCCCCUCCUCAAGGCCCCCUUCGAGAGCAAGGACUUCGUCGGCCUGGACACAGAGUCCCGGCCAUUUAAGAAGCGGUGCCAGGGGCGCAUGCGCAAGCACCUGGGAGAUCUGUCCCUGCAGUUGGGGCUCGCCCACGAGGCCCUGCUACUGUACAGCGAAGCCAUCGAGCUGCUCCGGGCGGUGCCGGAUUGGCUGUGGUUGGCGGCGGCUUACGAGGGCCAGGGAGCGGCCUCGCUGGCGCUGCAGUGGCCCCGCAGCCCCCAGGCGGUGCCCCUGCAACGCAACGCUUCAUUCCCCAAGGCCAGGCAGCCCAGGCCAGGGUCCCUGAGCCGCAGCCUACCCAACGGUACCGAGCCGUCUGAGUACAAGGCUGCCGGGCGGGCAGUGCUGAGCCUGGACGAGAUGACGGAGCGGCUCCGCGAGGCCACGGCCCACUACGCCAAGUACUCGCACGUCGUGGCAGUCCACACCGAGUGCAACAUGAAGGCAGCACGCUUCCUGGCUGCUCACGAGAGGUACAUGAGUGCUUCCGAGUUCCUCCAGAACGCUGUCUCCAUGAACCUGCCAUUGACAGAAUCGGAAAAGGUGGAGUGGUAUGCGUCCCUGGCCCGACUGUACUCGGAGGUGGGCUUCCAGCGCAAGGCUGCCUUUUACACCCGGGUGGCUGCAGUCAAGUGCAUGGCUGGGCCGGGUCCCAACCCCUCCCAGUGCUACCAGCUUCUGCUGAAGAGUCUGGACGGGUAUCGGCUAAACCUGGACCCUUCCCGACAGUCCAAGAACUGCAUGAACGGCUGGCCCAGGAUCCAGAUCCAGCUGCUCGAGGACCUGAUAGUAACGGCCAAGAAGAUGGGCAACCUCCAGGUUGCCGUCCGGCACACGAGCUACCUGCUGCACGCGAUGCUGGAGUACCUGAGCGUGGCGGAGCGCCAGGAGCUGUGCGCCCAGCUGGAGUCGCUCGCGUCCCAGUGCGAGCCGGUGCCGGGGGCGCUCGCCCUCGACUGCGGCACUGUCCUGCCCCCCGUGCACCUGCUGCAGCUGCCCUACGUCAGGUCGCUGGUGCCCCAGCGUGCGGCGGCCCACCUGCGCCCCCUGCGUCUGGGCCUGGCAGCGGAAGGCACCUCCUCGCCCUUCAUCUUCUCGCCCCUGCAGCCCCACCGGCGCUCGGGGCGCUCGGCUAAGCUGGACCUGCUCUGGGUCGAGGGAGAGGUGUGCGCCGUGGCCCUGCAGCUCUGCAACCCCAUGCCCUUCGAGCUCAGGGUCAGCCACAUGUCGCUGCUGGUGGAUGGCCUGCCCUUUGAGUGCUUCCCUUCGUCCCUGGAGCUGCCGCCAGAGUCAAGUCCGUACCCGGUGAAGCUGCUCGGAACGCCCCGGGGCACGGGGGACCUGCACAUACUCGGCUACGCGACGUGCGUGUUGGGGGUGCAGAGCAGCUGCCGGGUACGCGACCUGCCCCAGCUGCAGCGGUCGAGGGGGGGCGCCCCCCGGGACGGGGCCUUGGUCCUCACCGUGGUGCCUGCCCUGCCUCAGCUGGAGGUGGUGGCCCAGGGCUUGAGCCCCGCUGCCACCUUCUCCACCGUGGGGGACACCUCCCACGUGGUCAAGCAUUACGCCCUUGCCCUGUACGCGGGGGAGAGCCACGAGUGCCUGUUCACCCUGACCAACACGGGCAAAGAACCCAUUGAGAGCUUGGAGACCACGCUGCAGACCAAGCUGGACAAAGAGAGCGAACAGGCCAUGUUUGCAUGGGGCGCGGAAGAGCUGACGUCACAGCUGCCCAUCCCAGCCGGCGGCAGUGCCAGCUUCACGCUUCACGUCACGGGACGGGGACACUUCCUCGCGCCCACGGCCGGCAAGAACCACUUGGCCCCGGGAGUCCCCAACAGCCGGCAGGGGUCGGCAUCCCCCCUUGGCACGCCCAAGCGGAGGUCUGCUUCGAGUCGCUCCCAGCCACCCCCUUUGGAUCAUCACGACCCUUGUCCAACCAAGACGGUGGAGGCGGUGCUCCAGUUCCAGUACAGCGGGGGCCCCGGCCUGCGUGCCCGCUACUGCCGCCAGCACAGCGUGGCACUCACGGUGGAGGUGCAGCCCUCGCUGCUCAUCAGCCAGUGGGACGUCCUGCCUGCCCAAGUGGCAAGCGAGUGCUACCUGGUCCUGGACGUGUCGAAUGGCACGGAGCAAGAGAUGGAGCUGCUGUACCCGCACGAGCGGCGCAUGCUCAUGGAGGCCCACGACUCGUGCCGCAUCCCGGUCACGGUCCGACGCUGCUCUCCUCCAACCGCGGAAGAGCACGACCGGGGAGGCGGGGCCCCGCUGGGAGCCCUCGAGGCUGCCUGUCGCACCCACCUCCUGGAGGUCGUCGACCUGCGCUGGCACCUCCAUGGCAUUGAGAGGAGCGGAAAGGCCAGCAUUGCCGAGGUUCCCUGGACACCGCGGAUGCUGGAUGCCAUCCUGCUGUCCCCGCUGCAGUGGGAGAUCCGAGUGAACAACAAGCCUCACGAACUGGAACAGGAGUAUGUGUUUGACGUGGGAGAGCCCCUGGUGCUGAGCGUCUCCAUCCGCAACAUAUCUGAGCGUCCCCUGAAGCGGCUAUGGCUGUCGGCCGGCGGCUAUCAAGACCGGCAGAACGGGACGCUGAGCUACCGCCUCGACUCCAAGUGUGCCUUUGUCGGCUGCAACAAGGUCUUUGUUGAGGAGGUAGCGCCGGGGGACACAUACGUGCACGACUUCACGGUGGCCUUCUUCCUGUGCGGCACGUACCGGCUGGAGCUGGGCUGCCGCUCUCUCGACCUCGAGGGGCUGGGCUCGCUGAGCGCACUCGCUGCGGCCGCCCUCUCGGCCUCGGCCACCGAUGAGGACGCCAGCCACCUGUGGCGCUGCACCCUAGAGCUCAACGUCACCGCCCCGUCGUCCAGCUAGGCCCCGUCCCCUUCCACGACCGGCUGCCCGUCUUCCAGAAGCAACCGCAACGCGUGCCCGUUCCGCGUCGCGGUUUUGUGUCGCAGUUUCGGAGACGGGUGUGGAUCUGCCUCUCGAAUCCGGCGUCCGGUAUUUAUUAGCGUUGCCAAAAAAGGAAUGUUUCGUAUUUUUCGAAGGGUUUCGACGGUAAACGGGGACUCGUCGCAGAGGCCACCGCAUCUCUGGCCGCGUCGUCAUUGUCCAACACUGUCUUUCUUGCGGAGCCAAGUAGUCAUGCGGAGAAAGCGGCACUUGCCGAGUUGCAGGGCAGAAGGAAUAGAUGUCUUCUCUUAAAAGCGUGUACGAUUUCUUUUUGUACGGCGGGGACACCGCAUACUUAAUACUCAUCCCCAACUUUGAUUGCAUCCGAUCGGACUCGGAGUUAGCCUCGCGCGCUCCGUCCCUCGAGCACUUUUGUUUUCUACCACGUCGAACAAACCGGCGGACGUGUCGCGGAGCGCGUGUCGUAUAAAGGGCCGUGCGACGUCGAAGCUUGUUAUUUGGGUUACAUUUGUUUUUAGUCGCGUCGACGAGGCGGGUCCCGAUGUGGCUUCCUGGCACGCAGUUUGGAUUCGCGAGCGUGGCACCCGUUGGAAAACACGUCGAGUCCGAUUUGCGAGCGUCGCCGUCGGCUCCUCGCGUGCACGGAGAACUUCCGCGAGCUUACUCCUAGUCCCGAGUUGUGGCGAGCCCGCGUCGGUGCGCGAGAGAUACGGAGUUGUACAUAUAGGUAGACUAGAAGGAGAAGCCCGUCUCCCGGGUCUCGAUUUUAUAGGGUUUCGCAGUCAGUAUUAUUUUAUGCCGCGUCAUGCGUCCCCAGGUGGAAAUUCGCCCUCGAGUUCGCUUCGAAAGAUUCAGAGAAGCCGCCUGUGUAGCCUCGACAUUGUCUUCUUGCGUCACGGAGUCGUUGGGGCCAAGUUUGCUUUGCGCCCGUUUCUGAACAGAACAAAAAAAAAAAGCUUAGUUUUCCGUCUCGUCAACGUCCCUCGUGUCGUGACCGAACAUUCCCCAAUGUUUGCGAAUAAGGGUUCUUCGAAAGGAUGUCAUAUGCUCGUCGUCGGUUUCGUCUCAGAGAGAGGCAUGCCCCUUGUAACAUAGAUCUGUCUAUAGGUCUCCGGAAGUGUAAAAUAGGAUGUACAGUCAAAGUGUGAUAUAAUGCGUUCCGGCAAUAAAGACGUCAAGUUACCAGAACA